CAGAUAAAUAACAAAAGAUACGAGUGCAAAAUUUUAAUUCACUCUCUAGUUUCAACUCAGACUUAACGAAACACAUCCCCACAAUCGAAUUUAUUUUUCGUGUUGCACGUUAAGUCUAUUAUACACCACACCACUUGAUCUGAUGUGUUGAAAAAAAAAAAUUAUAUUCCAUUCGAAUAUAUAAAUUGAUUGAAAUACAACAAUUUUUCUGUAUAAAAACUAUAAAUAAAAGUUUUUCGGGCGCAUUAAAAGAUUUUACUUCGACAAAGAAGGGGAUAACUUGGAGACGGUGACUGAGUUGUUGGUACCGGGAGCGGAAAAUAAAUUCGAAAGCGAAAGGAAUUUCGUGUUAUUUUUUUUUUAUCUCUUUUUUUUUAACUUUUAAUUUCCGCAUCGAAAAAAGGAAAACAGUUAUAGUCCCCCAAAUAACCAAGAAAAAAAAAAAAAAACUUUAAGAUACAAAAAAUGCAUUCAAGUUUGGUAAUCACGUUGUUAAUUGUAUGCGGGUGUGCAGCUAAUGGAUUUGCAGCUACCAUACCAACCAUUACCGAGGAAUAUAAUUCACAACCAAUCCCAACUCUAGUAGCACCGUGCAAUGUGAACGAUGAAAGUCGAGAUGAAUGCAUUAAAAAUGAAUUCCUCACCAUCAUACCUCUUUUAAAUAGAGGAAUUCCCGAAUUAAAUAUGGAAUCAGUUGAUCCCUAUUUCUUCAAAAAAGGAAUUUUCCGCUAUGCUAACGAUGGAGUUCAAGGUGGUUUGUUGGUAAAAAAUAUGAAUAUCUAUGGAAUCAGUCGAAUUUCUGUACGAGACUUCCUUAGCAAUUUUACUGGAAAUAAUUUUGUAAUCAAUAUGAAUGCUACAUUGCCAAGAAUUCAAGCUAGCGGACAGUUUAAGGCUGAUGUUAAAUUUGGUGGAUUAAGAUUGGUGCCGAAAGGACUUUUUAAUAUAACAAUUGACAACAUCAAGGCAAAUAUCUUGACAGAUGGAGGAAUUGUAGACAUGGAAGCUGGUCGUCGUAUUCAAUUGAAUAAACUUGAUGCCGAUAUUAGUGUGGGUCAUGCACGAAUUGCUGCCAAUGGAAUUUUCUCUGAUUCAAAUUUGAAUGCAAUGAUUUUGAAUUUAGUUAAUGAAAAUUUGCCAGAAAUUAUUCGAGUUGGAAUACCAGCAACCCGUGAUCAAUGGGCACCGAUAAUUGUUGAGCAUUUGAAUGGUUUCUUUGCGAAAGUACCAAUUGACAAACUCAUCUCAUUGGAAUAGUUUUUUUUUUGAAUGAAACUAUAUACGAGUGCAUAUACAUAAAUUAUAUUUCAUUUUGUGAAAUAUAAAAACAGUAUUUUGUUUUAAGUUCUUCAUUUGUACACAAAUUUUAAUUUAUUUAUACCAAACAAAACAUUUAGUGUAAGGAAAUAGAAAUAG